CCAUCCCCAAAAACCUUACUGCGUAUUUCACUCGCUAUAUAUACCAUCUCUCUCCUGCAUAAUUCAUCGCUGUCCUUGAUAGCUCGAAUCUCAAGCAUUGAUGGCGGCGAAUUCGAGUUCCAGAGGGAGCACGGAGCUUCUGUUACCGAAGAAAUGGAACAGCGAUAGAGAAACCAGCCCCGAGAGAACUGUAGUAUGGACUGAACCGAAAUCCUCGUCGUCGAAGACCGAGAAGAGAGUUCCGGUGAUCUAUUAUCUCUCCAGAAAUGGCCAGUUCGAGCAUCCGCAUUUCAUCCAAGUUCCACUCUCUUCCCCUGAAGGCCUCUAUCUCAAAGAUGUGAUAAAUAGACUGAAUGUUCUGAGAGGAGAAGGCAUGGCGUCUAUGUUCUCGUGGUCUUCGAAGCGGAGCUACAAAAAUGGAUACGUUUGGCAUGAUCUAUCGGAGGACGAUUUGAUAUAUCCUGUGAACGGUCGAGAUUACGUUCUGAAAGGAUCGGAGCUUCUUCCGAGGUCGGUGAGCUUCCGAAUGUGCGAAACGGCGUCGAAGACGGAGAAUUCCGGCGAGAUUCACAAAUUACCGGCGUCGAUCGCGGAGAGGAGGACAAGGAAUCAGUCCUGGGACUCGUUCGAUAAUCCACAAAACGACUACAGAGCAAUGUACAAAUCCGAGUCGAGCAGAGAAUUCUCGGCAAAAUUCGCGGCGGAAGUUGGGACGCAGAAGGCGGAGAGUCGGCUGGGGCCGGGGGGACGAGGAGGGAGGACGAGAGAGGCGGCGCAGGGGAGCAAGAGUGUGGAGCUGAGCAGAGAAGAGCUGCCUUCACCGCCAUCCAUAUCUAGCUGGGAGUAUACGGACGGCGUGAGUAGAUCAGGAAACGUUCAUCGACGUACUCUCACGAGAGAUCUCACGGCUGAGAAUGAUCUUUCGAGUGGGAGAGUAAAGGCUUCACGUGUCGUGAUGCACCUGAUUACCUGUGGAUCCUCCACUACAGUUGACUCGGCUCUUACAAAAAGCAAAAGCAGGAACAAGUUUUGAGGAGUUUUUGGUCAAUUUCGUUGGUUUUUAUUUUGAGGUGAUACUUGAAGAAUGGUUCUAUAAGCUCAAAAGUAGUGGUCUUGGUACAUAAAUGAUUUUACCUUUAGUAACUCUAAGCUUGUCCAUGAUUUUUAGCUGUAUAAUCACCACCUCUUGAAGAAAAAGAAAUUAAAUUCAUCUUAU